GCGGCCGUUGCGGGGCCGGCACAUUCCGGGCAGGCGCAGUGAGCGCACAGCGCGCCGGGCCCAUGGCGGCGGCGGGGCCGCAGCCGGCGCCGAGCCCCGCGGCGGGGCCGCAGCCGGGGGCCGAGGAGAUCGACAUGUCCCUGGAUGACAUCAUAAAGCUCCACAGGAAAGAGCAGACAGAUGCCAGCACCGCGGGCGACGGCAGAAGGCAGCAGGUCAAGAACAGGAGCUCAGCCUCCGGCUAUGGGCGGCCCCGGUACGGCGCCUGGAAGCAGAGGAAUUUGCAAGGACCUAAUCGUUUCAGAAGAGGGUUUGGACAGCAACAAUUCAAUCGGAGACAAUUCAGGAACACUUUGCCUGGUGGCAAGAGAAGAGCAGCUGCUGCAUUUGAUGGAGUGAGCCCUUUAAAUCGCCAGGCAUCAGCUCAGGAGGGCAACAAGAAGAGCAAUGCUUUUGCCAAAAGCAGCAGUGGGCAGCAGGAGGAGCAGCCACAGCCAUCUCCAGGCCCCAAGAGAUUCAGAGCAGAUGCUGCCAGCAUCCGCGCCCCCGGGAGAAGCAGGCCUUUCCUGCUGAACAGGGGAGCAGCGUUCCAGCAGAAGCGGGUGCAGCCGUGGUUCUCCAAAGCCCGUUUCCAGAGAGGGCAGAUGGAUUCUCAAGGAGAAGGGAAACCGCCAAGGAUGAGAAGGUGGCAAGUGAAACCCAGCCCUGGAGCAAUCCUGACGGUUUCUGUGGUUAAUCCCCAGGCGGGCCAGACCAGUGUGCCUGGAUCCAAGCGCCCAUUCCUCCGAAGCCAGAGACCCCCAGCACGGGUGACCAAGCCCCAGCCCAAGGGGGUGCUGCUGAGAUUCAACUUCCGCGCCAUGGCCAACCAGACCAGCCUGACGCUGGAUGAGAGGUUCUCUGGUCUGAGGAAUAAGAGGCGCUUUACAGCGGCCAGGAGCGCCGGACGGACGGUCACCAUGCCGUAGGACCGCGUGCUCGUCACAGGGACUGCCUGUGGCAGUCCAGGCUCCAUGACAGGGGCUCAAUAAAAGUUGCUAGAUUCCCUUUGAGAUAGCUGA